GUCUGAAUCUAAUUUCAGUUUUAAGAGUUUUGAUGAAAAUUGUAUAAUAACUUAUUUAUUAAAUAAGUAUAUCAUUUUAAUUUUUGUACAGAAAAUGUUAGGAGAAAAGGCUCUGGAAUUAAUCAAAGAAAUGAAACGUUCGCAAGAUUCACUCCCAAUAUUAAAGGAAGACUCUAUUAAACAAGUUCUUGAAGAAAUGAAAGCACUCUUUGAAGAGAACCAGAGAGAUGUAACUGCUUCAGUUAAUGAGGAACUUCAGCUGCAUACAACAGUUCAACUUCGUCAUUCAGUGCUUCUUCGUAAUAAACGGUGUCUUCUCACGUAUCUUUUUACUCGUUUGAUGUACCUUAAAAAACUGAGGUGGGCUUUUGGUAGUGUCUUGCCUUCUGAUGUUCGAUCUAACUUAUCAGAGUCAGAGUAUCAUUGGUUUAUAGCUUACAACAAAGCAUUGGCUACCUACAUGAGUUCUAUUGGAGAUGGGAUGGGAGUUGACCUGCAACAGCACUUACAACCACCCAAGUCUUUCUAUAUUCAGGUUCGGUGUCUACAAGAUUUUGGUGAUUUUGAAACAGCAGAUGGCACAAAGGUAGUCCUCACAAAAAAUAGUGUACAUCUCAUGCAGAGGUCUCAGUGUGAAAAAUUAAUCCACCAGGGAAUCCUUGAACACAUCACAAUAUAAAAGUCAUGAAGUUGUUGUUUAAACUUUUUUUAUUUUAAAUAACUGUACAUAAUUAAGUGCUAUCUUUGUUACACUGUACCCAUUGUUAACAAAUGCUGAAUAUAUAUAUAUAUAUCCCUAGAUUUAUAUACACAGCUGAAAUUAAGGAUACAACUGUUAUCACGCCAUUGGAAGACUGUGUUUUCAAACUAAUGCAGUAUUAACCAAAUUUAAUUUUCACUCAAUUGAUAUAUUAAUGCUCCAAUACAUUUGAAUGAACUUUAAAAUACUCAAUUUAACUUAAAACUGGAUUCAGAAUAGGUAUUUUGUUAGUCUGUAUGAGUAGCAUUUCUCACAUUAUCUAAAUAAAGUAACUAGUGCUUUAUUGUUCAAGGAAUUUGGAUGUGAAUAUUAAUGACAAAAAAAAUGUAAAUAAAUUGUGAUCUUUUAAGAAA